AUAUGCGUCGCUCACUGUCUCGCUGAGUUUGUUUAUAUACCAUCCACUGUAGAAUCCACGUGGAUUUAAGUAACUAUUUUAUUUUAAUUCGUUUAAUCUUAAGACAUAUUUAGUUUAGUUUAACUUAGCAGGUGAAUGACUGCGCGUGCAGGACUGAACUGAAUGCAUAACGCUGGUUAAAUGUCACUUUAUUGAUAAUGUGAUUGAAAAUGAUUCAAGGUUAUUCUGAGAUUGAAGGCAUUGUGUCUGAAGGUGUUAUGUCGUUGACUAUAUAUAAGUAUAUAUUUAUUGCAUUAGAAUGUAUGAAGGGUUUUCUGCUUUUUAAAUUUUGGUUGUUGAUAUGUCGAGUAGUGUGACAUGCUGUGUCCUUCUCAUGCAGUUUAAUAUCAAACUAUUCAAACAGCAUUCUUUCAAAAUCAUGUAGUCAUUAUAAAUGCAUGUGCAAGCAACACAGUGAGAUUAAACCUCUAAGACCACACUGACAAUGUAAACUCAUUGGUACAAAAAGUAAUAUUUUUUUUUUUCAAUUGUAAAAUACAAGAUGAUCUUUGGAUUCAGAUCAAACGGCUUCAGAGCUGAUGUUGUUAAGACAAAAGAGGGAUACUUAAAGAAUUCAUGUUCAUUCAUUUCAUAUUUUAAUGUUUAGAAUCCUCUCCACUAGUGGUCUUAGACUUUACAACAGUCAGCCUUGUUAAAAAAUCACUUUGACCUAAAACCAUUUUUGAUUUUUUUAACUACAGGGAAAAAGUCUCAUCUUGAUACAAUUUUUUAUUGAUAUAAAUGUUAUGCUUCUACUCCCAACUGUUUCUGAGAUGUAAUCAUUUAUUGUAACCUGUCAUAAAUCUUUGUUUUUGAGAAAAUAGCAAGAAAACUAUUUACAAACUACUUUGUUUGAAUUUAUUUGAUUUAUUAAUUUCUGUGUAUUAUUUACUAUCCUCCAACAUGUUUCAGCGAUGUCAAGAUCUGAUUCGUCUUUUGUCUUUGCAGGGUGGGCUGAGCAUGUCACCGAGAUACUGUAAGAAGUUCUUACUGAGACUCGCUGGUGGGACCCUUGAGACCUGCACGUGUUUGAGCACCACCAGGAGACACUACAGCACCAGCCGAGCAGCUCCGAGUCAGAGAAGGGUGGUCAUCACCGGCAUUGGACUGGUCUCACCCCUCGGAACAGGGUGUGCUAUACCUUGGCAGCGUCUGAUUGGUGGAGAGAGCGGUUUGGUUGCUCUGGAUGCAGAUGAAUAUAAAACAGUGCCAUGUAAAGUGGCAGCUCGUGUGCCAAGAGGAGAGAAAGAUGGAGAUUUUAGAGAGGGCUUGUUUGUAUCUAAAGGUGACAUCAACAGUAUGUCUCCGGCCACGGUUAUGGCUUUAGGUGGUGCCCAGCUGGCCCUGGAGGAUUGUGGGUGGUAUCCCAGCAGUCCUGAGGAGCAGAUCAGCACAGGUGUGGCGGUGGGCAUGGGCAUGGUUUCUCUGGAGGAGAUCGCUCGAACAGCCGCUGCGUUCCAAACACGCGGCUACAGCAAGGUCAGUCCGUUCUUCGUACCUCGCAUCCUGGUCAACAUGGCCGCCGGGCACAUAAGCAUCAGACACAAACUGAAGGGUCCCAAUCACGCCGUUUCGACAGCGUGCACCACGGGGGCGCACGCCAUUGGCGACGCUGCCCGCUUCAUCGCUCACGGCGACGCUGCGGUGAUGCUCGCUGGGGGCACUGAGGCCUGCGUCAGCCCGCUCUCUAUAGCCGGGUUCUGUCGGGCUCGGGCUCUCAGCACCAGCUGGAACCAGGAGCCCAGGCUGGCGUCACGUCCGUUUCAUCCAGAGAGAGAUGGUUUUGUGAUGGGCGAGGGGGCAGCGGUGCUGGUUCUAGAGGAGUACGGGCAUGCCCAUCAGAGAGGUGCUCGGGUGUACGCUGAGGUGCUGGGCUAUGGGCUCUCUGGAGAUGCCAGUCACAUCACGGCACCGACCGCAGACGGAGACGGAGCCUUUAGGUGCAUGUCUGCGGCCAUCCGGGAUGCUGGAAUAUCUGCCUCAGACGUGACGUACGUCAACGCUCACGCCACCUCCACACCACUGGGAGAUGCGGCUGAGAACGCGGCCAUUAAAAGAUUGUUUCAGCAGCAUGCCCGCUCACUGUCUGUGUCCUCUACUAAAGGUGCCACCGGUCAUCUGCUGGGAGCCGCAGGUGCGAUGGAGGCAGCGUUCACAGCGCUGGCCUGUUACCAUGGCACCCUGCCUCCAACCCUGAAUCUGGACCGGACCGAACCAGAGUUUGACUUAAACUAUGUACCCUGCACAGCACAGUCCUGGGACCCCAGCGCCCGCAGAAUCGCUUUAACUAACUCAUUUGGGUUUGGAGGAACAAACGCGUCACUGUGUCUCGCAAGUGUGUGAGAUGUUGUUGCAGAUAUUUUUGUUACAUAAAUCUGUUUUUUUUUCAGUAUGUGAUCAUUGCAUGAUUCACUUAUAAAAUCAUUUCUGAAGGCUUGGUGAAACUCAAGACCACAUGACUGCAGUACAUGAUCUUAUCAUGUUGAAUAUUUGAAGAGUUUGGUUCCAAAAUGAGAUAAAAAAUAUAUCUAUGUUAUCAUGUUUUUAUUGUGCUUUAUUAUCUCAGUUAGAUGUAUUUUUGAGUUAUUAUGGCUUAAAUCAAAACAAACCAACUGUAGUUUGAUUGAUAUUAAUUGGAAUGCACAAUAAAAAAACAUGAUUUUUGAAAUAAAAUAAAAACUGAGUUUUGGAACCAAACUCUUAAUUUAUUCAUUUAAGUCAAGUUUUCAUGAUAUCUUGAAAUAAAACUUUGUGCAAAAUGUCUUAACUAACUUCUGUUUGAUUAAAUAACGAGUCAAGAAGGUUGCUUAAGUUCGUGUGAGAUAGAUAUUUGUAGUAAAACUGUAUUAAAAACGACUUUUACUAUAAUAAA